ACCAUAGAAACCGCAUGUUCACAGUGAUUGUAGCUGGCAAUAAACUCUUGAAAUUAAACCGCACAUUAGUUACAAUACUGUGUGGAAGGAAGACGUAAGGAACAAAGUGAGCAGCGGGUCCAGCGUUUUCAGCAGCUGCAACAGGGUAUAUUGGUAUUGCAACUCGUGCCGGGACCUGGGAAGUUCACAAAAGGGAUAUAUCUCAAAGAAGUUUAGCAAUGUUAAGGACCUGCUUAUUCCUGAGUGUGGUUUUGUAUUGUGUUCUCUCACAAGAGAUAGAAGAAACCAUCACUUUCACACAGUGUACAGAUGGCUAUGAAUUUGAUCCAGCGAGACAGCAAUGCCGGGACAUUGAUGAAUGUGUAAUUGUCACGGAUGCCUGCAAGGGGGGAAUGAAGUGUGUGAACCAUUACGGUGGCUAUCUCUGCCUUCCCAAAAACGCCCAGAUCACUAUUAACAAUGGAGAUGAACCCUCACAGCCCGCUCAUUCUGGGCCUGUUGUUCUCCCUGUCGUCCCCACGAGACCCCCGCCUCCUCCCACCCGACGCCUUCCCCAGGUUGGGUUCAGACGCACACACUGUAAUACUGGAUUUGCACCGGAUGAGCAGAAUUAUUGCAGAGAUAUAAAUGAAUGUGAGGUCAGUAAUCCAUGUCAACAUCAGUGCUAUAACUUGCUGGGUUCAUUCAUGUGCCAGUGUGAUCAAGGCUACGAGCUCAACAGAGAUAGAGUCACUUGUCAAGAUAUUGAUGAGUGCAGUUUCUCCAGCUACAUGUGCCAGUAUCAAUGUGUAAAUGAACCAGGGCGGUACUCCUGUGUCUGUCCUGAUGGAUACCAGCUGCAGGGUACAAGAAUUUGUCAAGAUAUAAAUGAAUGUGAAACCGGGACUGAUAAUUGCAGAGAAGAUGAGAUGUGCUGGAAUUACUAUGGCGGAUUCAGAUGUUAUCCUAGGAAUCCCUGUCAUGAACCUUACAUCCGGACAUCUGAAAAUCGCUGUGUCUGUCCAUCAGGCAAUCCAGUUUGCAGAGCCCUGCCACAUUCAAUUGUCUACAAAUACAUGAGCAUCCCUUCAGAUAGGUCCAUACCAGCUGAUGUCUUCCAGAUUCAGGCAACCAACAUCUACGCCAACACCAUCAACACCUUCCGGAUUAAAUCCGGAAACGAAGGAGGAGAGUUCUUUCUGAGGCAAUCCAGUAAUGUCAGUGCAAUGCUUGUCCUGACGAAGCCUGUAUCAGGACCGAGAGAAUACAUCGUAGACCUGGAGAUGAUUACAGUCAACACUGUAUUGAACUACCGGUCAAGCUCCUUGUUAAGGCUGACAAUAAUAGUGGGACCUUAUCCUUUUUAGUCAGUUUGCACUCUAACACACCUAUACAUGCAACCAAAGAACAUAAAAAGCACUUCAUUGUUUUAUUUUGCUUAAUUUUAGAGAGGUAUGCAAAUAUAUCCACUUAAUGCAGUCAUUGCCAAAGAUAACAGUUGGUUUAAGGUCAAGUGGAAGGUGUUUCCAUAAUAAAACACUAACAUCUAUACUAGACAGAGUUUUUGAACAACACCUAUGAGUUCAGUAAAUCUUAAAUGUAAGCACAUCCACCUCAUCUUAUCAAGGAGAUCACACACUGAACUUAUCAACGAUUUGGCAAAACAGAUCAGAUACCAAACGGCUAGUAACGAAUAAAAAGUUUUAGGCUCAUAAACCCAUUUAAGAGGCAAUGCUUUACGUGUUUAAUCCAGUACUAACCGUUAAUGUAAAUAGAUGAUUAAGACAAAUUGUUCCUAGCAGUGAGGUUUUCCAAAAUGUGUCUUUUUGUUGAGAUCUUGUCCCUGAUCUUUUGUAUUUUUAUUUAGAUCAAGUAAGGAGUGUUGAGAUGUUGAAACUCACAGUAUUUUCGUAUGAACCCCACUUGCACAUUUGGUAAGUCACUGGGAAAAACUAACCCUAUUCACAAAACUUUACAGGCUGUUUUAAGGAAUGUUUUAUUUUGGAGCAUUUUUAACAUUCGGUUAGAUUAAAUAGUGAGUUAAAAAUUACAAUAAACUUAAUAUAGGGUUUAAUAAAGAGUAUUGUGAAUGGCAAACUUGAUCUAAUAAGUCAUAAAUCGUCUUUAACAAAACAUUCCUUAUGACAGUCCUUAAUGUUCUGUGACUAGGACCCAUUGGUACCAAAGUACAGAGUGGAAGUCCACUGGCUCUCACUGAUCCAGCACAAUGUUUUACUUUUUUUAAAAAGCUGAAGUGAGAACGUUUCCAUAAGAUAAUGCCAACUGCAGCACCGCACCAUCAUACAAGAUUCUGUAUAAUGAACAUUUAUUGAACAUUAAAAAGAAGUCUCAGUACAACUGAAAGUGCGUUACUGUUCUUUGAAAAAUGACACAUUAUUUAAAAAAUAUAUAUUCUAAUAAUAGUGUGAUGUGUAUAUUGCACUGGGUUGGAAUCUUUAUCAGCCAAUCAGAGCAUCUGGUUUGCCCAGACCAUUUUCAAAAACACAUUCAACAGAAUGAAAUACCCUGACAUCUGUUCCCUGACUGAAUCCCUGCUCAGCCCUAAGAAAAUGCUACGUAAACAUUUUAAUGCCACAUCUUACCUUGCAUACUGUUCAAAGCUAAUGUGAUAGCACUUUGGAUUAAGGGCCCCAUCUAAUGAUCAAUAAACUAUGUAUAAAUUCGUCAGGAGUAUUAGCAAGACAUCUCUCUCACUCAUGCAUUUGUCAAAUAGCUUCAGAUGCAUUAAAGCGUAACGGAACUAUCAUUAACAAACAAAUAACAUAAAUGUGCCCUCACAAUUAAUAAAAUGGGGGGGGGGGGGGAUGGAAUAAUAUUACAAUAUAUACACCAAUUCAGUUUCUACUUUCAUAAACUUUUUUGACAGGCCAACUAAUCCAACCUACCCUCUCUCAGGCUAAGCAAGUCACAUCCCGUCCCGAAGGUAUUAGAGAAUAUAUACAGCCUAUUCACAGUUUUAACUCAUAGAUUAUUUAAGGAGGCUUAAUGAAUAAAAUAUAGUUUUAUAUUCAUGAAAGUGUUCUAGACUAUUGUCAAAGAAGCUGACAACAACUUAGAAGGCUUUCAUGAAUAUCAAUCUGAAUUGUAUUCACAUACAGACUCAGAAAAAUUGUUCUUUAAACAAAGGGCUUUAUUCACAAAAUGCAAGGACUGUUUUAAAAUAUUUUAUGGAGUUUUUUUUUUCCUUAAACCAGUCCUUUAAAAGUUUUGUGAAUAGGGCAAUAGUUCAAAGGCUUUAAACAGCAGCUAUUAACCCCCCACUUCCCCUCCCUCCAACCCCAGCUUUGAAAUGUUUCCAGCCAUCUUAUCCCAGGGUAGACACAUAAAUAAGAUUUAAUACCAUCCCAUUACAUAAUCAUAUUUUGAUUGCUAUGUCCUUUUUGUGUUUGGUUUUAAACUAAUACCUUUAAUAUAUAUAUAUAUAUAUAUAUAUAUAUAUAUAUAUAUAUAUAUAUAUAUAUAUAUUGUAAAAAUCUUUUAAUUGUUCAAGGAUCUAGAGAUAGUUUUCUGAGUGCCGUAUACAUUUCCUCCUAAUAUUUAAAACUUUUUUUUUCUUGUCUAAUAUUGGAAACUUUCUACUCUGAUGUACAAAGUUAUUUUAUAAUUAAAUCAAAUGUAAAUCUUAUUUGAAACUGUUUUGAUUUAUUUCUGUUCUGAAUCAUAAAAGUUCUGUCAAAAUUC